CGACGAGCCUUCCGAUUGUCGCCGUUGCGAGGAAGCUUAAAUCCCACUGGCGAUGCGUCGCACCAGUGAAUCAAUCUCUGCAUUCGUGUACAAAUUGUGAAAACCUUCCACGACCCUGGUUCAAUACGUGUUGUGUGCGUUUCGAUUUUGCUCGAAGGAUUAGUGACUUCGUUUCUGGACAUUGAAUUCUCUAGUAUUCCUGUGUGUCAGUGGCGCUAGCUAACAUCGGACGAAGCAGUAGACUAUUUGCAGCGAUGGCGAAGAAGUUGAUACGAGUAGAUGUAACCUCGGACACCGUGUGUCCAUGGUGCUUCGUAGGGAAGAAGCACCUGGAGAAAGCAAUCGAGGCAUGUAAAGAUCGUUACGACGUUGAGGUCAAGUGGCAUCCCUUCUUCUUGAAUCCGGAUGCGUCCGUGAAGGGAGUUAAUAAGAAGGAGUAUUACAGGUCGAAGUUCGGAGAAGGUAGGAUGCACAUGAUUGUAGACCAUGUUGGAGCUGCUUUCGCGAACUUAGGGUAUAAGUUCUCCAUCGGUGGGGAGACGGGAAGCACUUUGGAUAGUCACCGGUUGAUUGAGCUCGCCGGGAGGCAGGGUCUGAAGAAGCAGAAUGCGCUAGUGGAGGAAUUGUUCGUCAAUUUCUUCACAGAGGAGAAGUAUAUUGGUGACAAGAACGUCUUGGUUGCGGCUGCGGAGAAGGUUGGCAUUGAAGGGGCCCGGGAGUUUUUGGAUGAUCCACAGGCAGGGUUGAAGGAGGUACUGGCGGAAGAGCGAAAGUUUCGGCGAGGAGUUUCAGGCGUACCUCAUUUUGUGAUUGAUGGACGGUAUCAAGUGUCGGGAGCUCAGCCCCCUGAGGUGUUCAUCGAGGCUUUUGAGAUCUCUGUGAUUUUAGAUAAAUCGUGACUAUUUUUUGCAUUGAGAUGUACAUAAUAUUUACUAUACGUCGUGUAUGCACAGCUAAUAAAGCACAGGGACAGAUACAAAAUCAUGAGUGUAGAUUUGUCAGAAUUUUAAAUAUAUAUAUAUAUAUAUAUAUAUAUUUUCUGUGAUGGAUGGUUGGGUGUUGCAUUUUUGCAUGCAAUAUUUUUUGAAAAUAUUAAAAACUACUAGAAAUGAAUGUAAUAAAAGUUGCUAGAUUGAGAUGCAA